AUGACUGAACGCGUCUACGGCGUCACGCCGCCCAUCUCGACGGCUCUCCCCACCGAGGCAGAGAAGCGAAUGCACCAGGCGCUCCAUGAGGAGCUGCGUGCCCAGGGCACUUUCGAGAGUCGCGCCGAGACAGAAGCGAGGAAGAAGGUUAUUGCUCAGCUUGAGAAAAUCACAACUGCGUUUGUCAAGAAGGCUACGGCCGAGACCCAAAACUCGUUCAUGGUGCGCGAAGCGAUUGGGAGGGUGUUUACUUAUGGCAGUUACCGUCUUGGUGUCUAUGGUCCGGGUUCCGAUAUCGAUACCCUGGUGGUGGCCCCCAAGCAUGUCACGACCGAGCAGUACUUCCGUCUCUUUCCUCCCCUCCUCGUCGAGAUGGCCCCCCCCGGCGCCAUCACUGAUCUCACUCCAGUCCCCGACGCCUUUGUGCCCAUCAUCAAGUUUGAGUUUUCCGGUAUCAGCAUCGAUCUGAUCUUUUGCUCCAUCAAAGGUCUCACCCAGAUCCCCGAGGACAAGAGUUGGAACUUGACCGACAACACUCUGCUGCGCGGACUGAGUGAAAAUGAGGUGCGUUCGCUCAACGGAACAAGAGUCACAGAUGAGAUCCUCAACCUCGUCCCCGAACCUGCUACCUUUAAACUAGCUCUCCGGGCCAUCAAGCUGUGGGCGCAGCGCAAAGCCAUCUAUGCGAACAUUAUGGGUUUCCCCGGAGGUGUUGCCUGGGCCAUGCUGGUUGCCAGAGUGUGCCAGCUGUAUCCCAAAGCAACAAGUGCGGUUGUGGUGAACAAGUUCUUUCAUAUCAUGUUGAAGUGGCCCUGGCCGCUGCCUGUCUUGCUCAAGGAUAUCGAGUACAAUAUUUCCGUUACACGGGCCCCUGUUUGGAAUCCCAAGCUAUACUCCAGCGACAGAAACCACAGGAUGCCCAUCAUCACCCCAGCAUACCCAGCCAUGUGCGCAACCCACAACAUCAACAGGUCCUCCAAGGUGGUGAUCAUGCAAGAGUUGGAGAAAGGAGUCCAGGUAACUGAGGAAAUCAUGACAGGCAGAGCACCGUGGAAGGCGCUAUUCACCAAACACACCUUCUUCACGUCUGACUUUCGGUAUUACCUUACAGUCAUUUCGUCUAGCAGGACCAAGGAUGCCCAGAACGUGUGGUCAGGUUUCAUUGAGUCGAGGGUGCGUGUUCUUGUGAACAAGAUUGAGAAUCAUGCCGCCAUAGUACUGGCGCGCCCAUUCAACAAGGGGUACGACCGUCAGCACCGUUGCCAAAAUUAUGAGCAGCUUGGAGAUGUGGUCAACAGCGGAAGCUUGGCAUACCUGUACAAGCCCACGCCCGAGGAGGAGGAGAAGGCCAAGGGUGAAGCCAAGACAGAAGUCAAGGCAGAGUUGAUCAAUGCGAAUCUGAAGCCAGAGAGUGUGUUGCAAGAUGGCCCAGUCGUUAAGCCCGAGCCUGGUACCGAGACUGCAGCACCCCCGCCCGUUACCGCAGCAGAUGGAGCUGCCAUCAAGCCAGAACCGGGCGCAGAGUCAGCCAUGCCACCCCCGGCGCCACCACCAGUCGCCGAUGGGGUCAAGCAGGAAGAAGUCACAAAGAAUGGAGAUGGAGUCGAACAGAAAGACGGCAACGACGGCGAAGUCAAGCUUGCCGAUAUCCCGGAGAAGAAACAGGAACUGGAAGUGUUUACCACUAACUACUACAUUGGGCUACAGCUGGGCAAGACGCCCGCGUCACUCGAUCUUUCUCGCGAGGUCCAGGAGUGGAUGAGCAUGUGUCGCAGCAGCGACCUCUACAAGGAAGGCGUCAACUUUCUCGCCGUCACCCACAUCAAGAACACGAUGCUUCCCGACGACGUAUUCGAACCUGGCGAGGUGAGGCCGCGUCCCCCGAAGAAGAAGCUCAAGAGACAAGCGCCGGAUGAUUCUUCGGCGCAGCAACCGACAAAGAAAUCCAAGCCAGUCGGGCCAGCCCUGACCCCGGCCGUGAGCUAG